AUGUACACCAUUGAACGGCACGAUUCGGCUGCAUCGGCCAUCUCAAAUACAUCGAAAUCUGUUAAGGCUACCCAUUGUAUUAUUCAACAUUCAAAUGUUGAAAAAAAUAAGGAAACUGUCCGAUUGAAUCAAAUUUUGAAUCCUUCCAAUCGUCGACUUAAAGUAGGUGAUGAUGGCAGUUUGAAAGGUGAAGGUCGUCAUCAUGUACGUGUAAAGAUAUUGUGUUUAAGUGAUCUUGAAACAUGUCAGCAUCAGAUGGACAUAAUAGAAGAAACAAGAAUAAAUAAUGGUAUGGAAUUAACAAACAUUUCAUCGGGCAAUAACUUUAUUGAUGAUAUUGACUUGGACCCGUGUGAACAAUUAAAAAAGAAGCAGGUUACCACUGGGUGUAUGAAGUCGACAACUUCUAAGUUUUCGGAAAGUCAAGCAAAAAAUACAAAAGUAUUAUCUGUAGUUAAUAGUUCGAGAAAAUUUACAAGUAAUGCUCGGCAGCAAAAUAAUAAAGAAAAUAUUACAUCAAAAGAAAAGAAAAUUAGAAUUUCGACGAAAGAUAAUGUUUUUCAUCAUCUGAAGAAACCCACAAAUCUUGCAGCAUCGCAAACUCAUAAUCAUCAACCAACAACAGCAUCACAAACUCGUAAUCAUCAACAAACAACAGCAUCAAAGAUUUUUGUUACACCAAAGGUAUCUGAUAGAGCCUUGGCACCACAGUGGUCGAAUCCAAGUUGCAGUGAUCUUUCUUCUACAAGAAAUUCAGAUGAUCAAUCAAAGAACAUUGAAAAUUUGAAUUCUAGUCCCAAACAACUUACAACACAACAACGAAAAGAUGAUAAUGAAUCCUUCAAUUCAUCAGUUGAUCAAUUGGAUGAUAGUGUCUUAGAUGAUGACGACGACAUUGAUGAAGAAACAAGCGCUACUGGCGUAUCUGAUAAUAAAAGAGUGUAUGAUAAACAAGAUAAUCAUACUUUACUUAUCGAACAUAAUCGUUUACGUAAUCGAUUCGAUCGUUUGAAUGCUAAAUAUAAGGCAUUACAAAAAGAGAACGAAAUUUUAAAAAAUCAUACUAUUCGUAUGUGGUCAAUUCACUUCAUUUUUCAGUUAAAAUAUAACUUUAUUAUGCUUACAUGUUUAGCAAUUCCGCCACCUGAAAUUCAACAAUGGUUUUCACAAACUGCACAACGAUUUGAAAAGAAACCAUUAUCGGGCACUGUACUUGAAAACUUCAGUAAACAAUUAAAUUUACCUGUGAAAGUAUUGAUUUCAUUAACCCAAAGUACUGGAUCACUUACUGCAAGAGCAAUCGUUCGUUACUUAUUUCCAUCGAAAAGUCGUACACUGGAAGAUAUUCCUGACAGCGUUCGUGACUCAAUUCUUGGUAGUUAUCCAAAUUUUUCGUUCUAUUGUAACAUGAAUACUUCAAUACAUUUUCUAGGCUACGUGAAAUAUUGUCAUCCGACUGAAUUAUUUGUUCGAGGAAAGAUCAAUGAAGCAAUUAGUGGCCCGUUCAGAACAGCGAAGUUCAAGGCGUUACAUUCAGCAGCUGCUGAAGACGAAAAUGAACUGAUGGAAGAAAUACAUCAUGACAUAGAAACCAUCAGCUUGCAUGAAGUCCAAGAUCAAGCAGAUACGGAAAAUGCUGCAGAUUGGAUUGAUGACAAUGGAUCUGAAACAUUAAUUGAUACACAAAUAACAUAUGAUAGUCAACCAUCGAUCAAAAGAAAUCUUACAAAAAAAGAAAUAGCAACGACUUUAAUUAUUCUCAAAGUACGACACAAACUGACAACAAGGGCCGUAUCUGAUAUUUGCAGACUACUGCGCUUAUUUCAUGUACCCAAUGCUCCAAAGAGCUUUGCAGCAGCGAAACGUUUAAUGGAACGUGAAGCGUCAGAUAAUAUGAAACCAGAUAUUUUACAUAUUUGUCAUCAAUGCAAUAACGUCUAUAAAGAUGUGUGCGAUGAUGCAACGUGUCAACAAAAUAAUCGAGAACUACAAUCUUCUAUUUUUCUCAAAUUUCCAAUCAAGGAUCAAAUUCAAUCCAUUUUGGCAACAGAACGUAAUUUUGUAUUACAUUCCCAAUCACCUGUGUGGCCAAAUGAUCGUAUUGCUGAGAUCCAACACGCAGACUGGUGUCGGUCAAUUGCUGAAAAUGAAGAUAAAUCAAACUUUAUAACCCUCAUGUUGAAUGUUGACGGAAUAGCCAUGUCAGGAAGUUCAGAUAACAGCCUUUGGAUUUUUACUUUCAUCAUGAACGAGAUCAAUCGAUCAGAUCGUUAUAAAUUACAGAACUGUAUAUUUGGUGGUGUAUGGCCAGGGCCUCAAAAGCCCAGUAGAGAGCAAAUGUUUGCUAUGGUUAAAUCGAUGACUGAUGAAUUACAGUCAUUAGAAAAUGAAAAUGUUUACUUCAUUAGAGCUUUAGGAGAUCGAUUCGUGAAGCUGAAAGUUUUUUUAAUUGGAGCGACAUGUGACAAGCCUGCACAGGCCUUAGUACAGAAUACACCCGAGCCUAUUGGAAAGUUCGGCUGUGGUCGUUGCGAGAUUCCGGGAGUCACGGUUCCUAGUCGCGAAGGCAUCAAUCACCAUAUUCGCGUUUUCCCAUUGUCGUCAGAAGCUGAUAAUAAAGCAGAAUGUCGAUCAAAUCAAAACUACGAUCAAAUCAUGACAAUGGAUAGCCCAACAGAGGAUCAACGAAAAGGAUAUUUAGGAAAAUGUGCGUUACGUUCAGUAAAGUAUUUCGAUGUGGAAGAUUUUAAACGUUCAAAUUGGUCAUGCUUUACAAAACUUACUAUCAUCAGCAAAACGUUAAGUCAGUAUCGAUACCCAUCAACAACAAGUAGAACUCCAAGACCACUUGUUAAAUUUCAUCGGUUUAAAGCUAAUGAGCUUCGUUUAAUUUUACUUUUUGCAGCACCUGUAUUUAAACAUUAUUUGACCUCAACUAUCUACAAAAAUUAUCUUUUACUUGUGUUUGCACUGCACCUUGCUGAAUCUCGUUCACUGCGCUCUGGAGAUAUUGAAGACAUUCAAUUUUUAUCAGGUCCAACGAAUACUUUUCUAUAUGAAUAUCCGCUAUUGUAUACCGAUCGUCACAAUCAACAAGUGAUACAUAGCAUUGAUCAUGUUGCACAAAGUGUUCAGAACUAUGGUCAACUAUCAAAUUAUUCAACCUAUAAUUUUGAAUCUGUUCUUGGUAUGUUACGAGCAACUGUGCAUAGUACAAAGCAUCAUGCUAAAGAAAUUUCUAAUACAAUGAAUCUACUGCGUCUAGCUAUUCGAAACACUCUUGCAAAUGAUUUCAACAAUGAGCUGAAGAGUACAUUGGAACAAAUUCAAAGUAAAAAACGAAUCAACAUGAGUAGAACAUCAAUGGAUAAAAGUAGACAUCAUAGCAUUAUUAAAUUACGAAUGAAACACAAAAUCGAAGGUAGUCAAUACAAGGAUAUCAAAGAAAUGUUCCAAUAUGACGAAUUUCAACUUUAUCACAUAGCUUUUGUCGGUACAACGAGAUUUACCACAAGAGACUUUGCAAAAACAAAACAAAAAACGAUGACUCGUGCAUUCUUUAUCGAUUCAAUACAUUAA